AUGAUUACCUCGAGUAAAGACUUGAGCAAGCCUAUUCUCUUGACUAAAAAUGGCAAGGAACACUACAAGACAGUAAUUGGUGGCCUUGCCACCAUUGUGAUCUUUCUGUGUAUGACCGCUUACCUAGUCCUUUUGGUUAAGACUUCUCUGGCUUCAGAAGUGUUUAUAUUGACCAAAUCUAAAACUUCAACUAUGAAUAACAACACUGAGAUAUCAGCCUGCCAAUCUGUAGAUACAAGUACAAAUACAUCUACAAGUUCAGGGACGACUCUUGAUCCAGACCCUUACACUUACAGUUGCUCUUACUCCACCACAUGACCUGAGAAAGCAGAUGAGCUAUGCUCUCCUUAUUUAGGGACAGAUAUCAGUCCGAAAAAGGUUCCGUUCAGUUCUUUCAAGAAGUCUGAAACAGCUCAAUUUUACUCUCCUGCAUAUUUGAGCCUUGAAACUCAUUUUGUUUUUAGAAGGAAUUUUAACUUAGCUUUUAAAUGGAGAAAUCAUACCUACAAUCCAAACUCAUUUACAUUGGAGGUCUUCCUCAGGUCAUCUCAAGAUGGAGGUUUGACCAUCGUCGAUAGUCCUCUUGAGCUAAUCCCUUGUAACACUACAUUAUUCACCGAGGAGCUAGAGGAUCAUCUGACUGCUAUUGGAAUUGAAGAUUACUUAUGCCUACACCCAAACAACAGUAUCAUCAAUAACUUUUACAGAGAUGCUUAUCUGCUGCAGAAUAGCUAUGGUUCAAACUAUACCUAUUUAGCCUGGGAAAUUAGGAAGUGUACCAUAGGAGCUUGAGAUGGGGAACCUUAUGAUGGAACUUUAGUUGACUUGCUUAUGGUUGAUUCAGAAUAUAAAUACAACUCUACUGGUUAUCCAUUUGAGAGCAAGCUCAUUACUGAUCAAUCUUUCUUACUACACUCUACUUCUACUUACAACAUGGAUUUCAAGUUACAUAAAUAACUUGGCUGUGCUUCCUCCAUAUACCAUGAUCGACUUUUAUAAAAUCCUUGCUCCAAAAAGCUAUUCCCAAUUCCAGACCUCUUCUCCAGUCCUUGCUCGUGGGAAAUUUGAAAUAUCAGAUUCUAUCACCCAAACAAUUGAAAGAGAUGAAUACCAACCCAAAAUUGGAGAGAACCUUUACACCAAAAUCGGAGAUAAUUACUUUGGAGAUGCCUCCAAUCAAAGAUGUUACUGGUAUGUAUAGAGAAACCAGAAAAUUACAGAUCGAGAAUUUUGGUAAUUAUGUCA